UUCUGGGGAUUGUACUCGGAGACGAGAAGGAACCUCUUUAUCGUUUCAUUCUGCAGAGCUGAACACAGAGUCUUACCUGCUGGCGUGUUUUUGUUUGUUUUUUAUUUUUAUUUUUGUCCUUGCAAGCGCGGAUCCGUUUGCAGAAAACAAACGUCCCGGGAGUUCAUGCGUAAAAACGCUCGCUCUCCAAAUCGGCUUUACGCACGGUACACAGGAGAGAAUUGCCCAAUUUUUUUGUGAAAGGUUUUGCUCAAACGCAUCCUGGCAAGGUAAAGUCAAUUUAGAGGCUUUUUCCCUCUCGCGAAAAAGCAGAAUUAAUUCCCUGAUUUCACGCGUAAUUUGGCACCAAACAGUUUUUCGUAUGAAUCUCCUCGACCCCUUCCUGAAGAUGACGGAGGAACAAGACAAGUGUCUCUCUGACGCCCCGAGCCCGAGCAUGUCCGAGGACUCUGCGGGCUCCCCGUGCCCGUCCGGCUCGGGGUCUGACACCGAGAACACCCGGCCGUCAGAGAACGGGCUGCUCAGGGGGGACGCAUCCCUGGGCGACUUCAAGAAGGACGAGGACGAUAAGUUUCCUGCUUGCAUACGCGAGGCCGUGUCCCAGGUGCUCAAGGGUUACGACUGGACCCUCGUGCCUAUGCCGGUGCGCGUUAACGGAUCUACCAAGAACAAGCCUCACGUUAAGAGACCAAUGAACGCCUUCAUGGUGUGGGCUCAGGCAGCUCGCAGGAAGCUGGCGGAUCAGUACCCGCACCUUCAUAACGCGGAGCUCAGCAAAACGCUCGGGAAACUCUGGAGACUUCUCAAUGAAGGAGAGAAGCGACCGUUUGUGGAGGAGGCUGAGCGGCUCCGGGUGCAGCACAAGAAGGAUCACCCGGACUACAAAUACCAGCCCCGAAGGAGGAAGUCUGUAAAGAACGGGCAGAGCGAGGCGGAGGACGGCAGUGAGCAGACGCACAUUUCCCCCAAUGCCAUCUUCAAAGCUCUCCAGCAGGCGGACUCACCGGCAUCCAGCAUGGGAGAGGUGCAUUCUCCUGGUGAACACUCAGGCUCCCAGGGUCCCCCUACCCCUCCCACCACCCCAAAGACUGAUGUCAGCUCAGGCAAGAUUGACCUAAAGCGUGAAGUGGGCCUGCGCUCUCUGCCUGAUGGCCCCAGCGGGCGCCAGCUCAACAUCGACUUCCGCGACGUGGACAUCGGUGAGCUGAGCAGCGACGUCAUCUCACACAUCGAGACCUUUGAUGUCAACGAGUUUGACCAGUACCUCCCUCCCAAUGGUCACCCGGGCUCUGCUAACAGCACACCAGUCAGUUACACCGGCAGCUACAGCAUCAGCAGCGGCACCCCGGUCAGCCCCCAGGCGGGAGGUGCCUGGAUGGCUAAGAGCCAGAACCAGCAGGGACAGCAGCAGCAGCAGCAGCACACCCUGACCACCCUGGGGAGCAGCGGUGCUUCAGAUGGUGCUCAGACCCAGCACAGGACCCAGAUCAAGACAGAGCAGCUGAGCCCGAGCCACUACAGCGAGCAGCAGGGCUCCCCGCAGCACGUCGCCUACAGCCCCUUCAACCUGCAGCACUACAGCCCCUCCUCCUCCUACCCGGCCAUCUCCAGGGCACAACAGCAGUACGACUACCCUGACCACCAGGGGGGAGGCACCACUGCGUCCUACUACAGCCACGCGGGGGCAGGGCAGAGCUCGGGGCUGUACUCAACUUUCAGCUACAUGAGCAGCCCCACCCAGAGGCCCAUGUACACGCCCAUAGCCGACAACACAGGGGUGCCCUCCAUCCCGCAGAGCACCCCGCAGCACUGGGAGACGGCUCCGGUUUACACCCAGCUCACCAGACCCUGAGACACUCACAUCCAACACUUUACUCUGGAGGAGGGUUUUUCCCCUCAAUCAGACACUUGAAUUCAUAAAAAGAGGAGAGCUGGACUUGUGAUUGGCUCACGUAGUGCCUUGCUAUUAUAGAAACUAUAUAUUAUAUUUUUAGAGAGAUGGAAGACUUAAGAAAAUCCUCUGUGAGGACUUACUGAUUGUCAAUAUUUCUGUAGGUACUGUGUAUGUUUCCUUUUUUUUUUCAUAUGCUGGCAGUUUGUAACCCCUGGGGACAUGGGGGUGGGGCGGGCGGAGGGUUAGGAUAAUUAUUUGUACCUGUAGAUAUAAAAUGAAAAAAAAAAAAAAGCUUUAUAUUUUUAACCAGUUCAGCAACUAACCACUCGCGGUAGUGCAGAUUCUGGUUCUCUGUCGGGUUUUUGUUACUUAUUGUUGUUGCUUACUCUUUUCACGUGCCAUUCAGCAAUUACGGUUUUUGUAUUUAUGCUGUCGAAGUCAUGUGUCGCGAUAAUCGGAAAACUUAUCAGGCAAUAAAAGAGAAAGAGAGAGACUCUGUUCUGCAGCGCUGUGCUGUCUCGAUGGCGGGGAGACUGCAGCCCCUUCCACCAUCCGUGCCUUGGAUUUUACUUUUCCCCAACUUUUUGUUUGUGCGCAGCUGAGAUUACGCUUACCGUCCAACAGCGUGUGUUUGACAGCUACAGGAAGUCACCUUUGACCCCUUGCAGUCUCCCCUCUCCCACAGGCUGGUUUCCAGUAUGCACCCCUCAAGCUUCGCCCAGGUCAAAUCCAGUUUUAUUUAUUUAUUAACUUUAUUUCAAAGUAAUUAUUUUACAUACUAUUCUUAUUACUAAUGAAUUGUCCUCUUUGCAAUGUAGACAGCAUAUAACCCCCCAUUUUUUCUUUUUCUUUUUCCAACCCAGGAGGUACUUAGACAGAAUGGUACAUGCUGUAGUCGUCGUUUUCUGGUUUAUUUAUCUUAUCUAAAUGUCUAUUUUAAGUAUGUGUUUGCCUUUGUUUCGUAGGGUUGGGGGAAUAUCUAACAAAAUGCGUACUGAUUAUUUGUUAUUUGUGAAUUUUCUUUGUGUUGGGCUUCAGAAUAUGGCUGAAAGAACUGGAAAACAGCAUCUCUUACAGUUUUUAUCUUUUGAUCGGAGGGACCUCACAUCCUUUCUGCUCUGCAGGCUCCAUUUCCUUUUCUCUCAGCGUCAAAGAACUGAUGAUUCCAGUAAUCUUUUACCCCCUCCUGCAAUCUCACCAUGUAUUUGUACUGUCUUUAAAGACACUUUUGUAUAUGUAUUUGCAAUAAAAAAGA